AAAAAAAAAAAAAAAAAAAAAAACUGUUCAAGAUGCCGAAGUAAUAAAUUAUAUUACUGAGGCAAUCACAAGUACAGAGAAUGACUAUUUUGUUGGCAAUUGCGAGUGGAAGGAUGGGACUCGCUCAGAUGUGGUUUUAAAGCCCAAAUAUUCUUUGAUAGACCAUCUUCCCAUCAUUGUAAAGAUUCAACACAAUGUAAAUAAAAAGUUUAUGAGAAGGGCGGUAAAUUAUUGCCUACAGGCAAAGUCAAAAUUCGACAGAGAGCCAGUUCUACUCAUUAUAUGUGUUGGAACACUCUUUGAAGAAAUAAAAAUCGAUACUCUAGCUAGUCAGCUCCCUGGUACGUACUCCUACUUUUGUAAACCAUGGGCAACAGAAUGCUUUAUUCUGUGUCAGGAUAGUUUACCUGAAAACUUGACGGCGCCUUUGAACCCACUAAUCGCGCUUGGGUUAUUUUUGAGCAGUUGUUGCCAAUCUGUGAUUGAUAACCCUUUUGGUGGUGACCCUACAAUACAAUACUUACGCUAAACGGAAAAAUUAUUUGCACAUUUUUUCGAAAAAUAAAUUAUACAGCUAAAAAAAAAAUAAAAUAAAUAAAGCUUACGAUGAUUCAGGCAUGACUCUGGAUCAAAUAAUGGAUAGAUUAACC